UGUCAAGCGUAGCGCGGGGGAUCAGUUGAGAUUCCGCACAACUCAGGUAGGAUUAUGAGCUGGAAGAAGGUCGAUUUCAAGGGCAGCGACAGUGCUGAUCGGCUGCAACGCAUCCAGGCUUUAUGCUCCUCAUCAGAUCCCAAGCUUGACGGAAUUCUGAUCAUCGGAGGAGUUGAUAGCUUCCACUCGCAGGUAUCUCAGGCAGCUCUGAAAUAUCUUUUUCUUGGCAACUCGGGUCAAGAACUGCUUGGUGAGCAGGUGAUCCUGCAGGAACACGAACGUCUAGAAGACGUGGUUCUACUCAUCUGUCCACAGCGAGUAUUCAUCCACUACUCGUCCGAGAGCGACGCAGCAAUAAAAAUCCUCCCCAUCAUCUCCAAGUGGCGGCAUGUGACCGAGUAUGUUGUUCAAGACGGGAUGGAACCAGACGAACUGGAGGAACGCAAAAUUAGUGCCUUUAAGAACAUGAUGACGGGUAUCAAAUCUGUGGGUGUACCUUUUGGAACCGACCAAAACGGUAGCAAUCUACAAGACACGAUGUUACCUGAAAAGUGGCCUCUGGUUCAAUCGUACGGACUCGAGGGUGGCGAAUCCAAUGGUAAAGGAUUCUUCACUAUGAACCACCGAGUGGUCAACGUUUCUCAAGAACUGAUACAGAUUAUGGCACAACUCGACGCGUUUAGUGCUAAGCGUGUUGUGCUGGAGAGUCAACCGUUCUUAGCGCACCACUUUGAUGAGUUUCUGAUGAAACUAGACCAUGAAUCGUCUGGUGUGCGUAGCUCCAAGUCGGAGAGUGAUUUGGGCGAAAAUCUAUUGAGCUUUUACGAGUUUGGAACGAUGCAGUUUAGUGCUCGUGGACUGAAAACUGCACCGAACAGAGGUAGUCGAGUGUUGUUUGGAGUAAGGUCGAGCUCGUUAACAGAGAAGCCAUCUUCCAAGGCAUUUAUCGCGAAUUCGGGGGUGAAGGAAGGUAUUCCUGCGACGCACAUGGUCGUACAGGCUGAAGAUCCCUUCACAGGCGUACGAUUCGCUCGCACUUAUUUCUUGUCCUCGGGAAAAGUUUGCGAUAAAGUUGUCGAUGAGGACGCGUUGGUAUCUUCUCCUACUCAGUCAAACUCUGUUUUCAAGACUGCGGUGGAUACAAAGACGAUGAUCGAAAUGUAUGCGCUGCUUCUUCGUGGCUUUAAAACGGGAGCUGCUGAAUUAGUUCGUGAGUGUAUGGACGGCAAGCUAGCGUCACUUGAUCGGUGUAUUGAAUACGCUCGCGCCGAAGCCAUCCACACAAUAGUCCAAACAGAUAAGGUCGAGUCUCAGAUGCUAGGAUCGAAUAAGUUUCCAACCAAAUUCAUUGAUGCCCAGCUAAAAGUGACGGCUGAAAUCAUGGAUGCCCGAGGGCAGCCCGUUGACUCCCUCACCGAAGACUGGUGUCUUUUGUACUGUUCCAUGACGCUGGCGAAUAUCCCCAGUGAUGCUAAUCCAGCACUUCCGCUAGGUUCACUUGUAGUUGGAGAUACCUUUUUGUUCCAUGGCCGAGACGAUCGUGGUAUAUCAGAGCGUGAUACAAAGCGAGUUCUUCACGUCACUAAGCCUUUUGCGAACUUCCGCUCGUGGAUUCAAAGUGGCGAGGAAGCUGAUGCUGUCGACUUGUUAAUGCGAACGCUUCAGUCUGAAUUUAUACUGCAGAGUCGUUCCGUGCGUCUGGGUAAGAGUAUCGAUUCCGAUAUCGAGGUAAACGACGAACUGGGGUCAUCAAUAUCAUCCAAAGCCACCCUCCUGUUCAACAGCGAUUUCUUACCAAUCGUUCAUGGCAAUUGGAGGGUUUUCACGGGUGGCUUUGUGUUCUCAUGCCCGUAUUUCAAUCCGAUCAUUGUUUCGAUCGAGCGAAGUGUCAAAAGUUUGGCCAUCUUACCGUCAUCUUACGAAGAACUUAUGCUAGUGAAGAUGGAACUCAAACCAGAUGAGCACAGUCACUCGACACCGUUGUCGAACGCCAUUCCGUUUGCUUUGGAUUACCAAGCUCUUUACAUUCCACUGCAGUCUGGUUCACGUUUCCAGGAUGAGGUUUUUCGAGCUCUCGAGUCGUGGAAAGUCGCCGCUGCUGCGCUGAAUGUUUCAAUUUAUCGCACUAGUGAUUUAAGUGAAAAGCUUGAAGGCGACACACCACGGGACCGUGACAGCGCGAACUUCGAAGUACCGAAUCACGUGAAAUCAACGUGCGAGCAGCUAGUACUGAAACAAGCUUUUGUGGGUCAAGACGCUCGCACGGUUGAUACGUUCUUCCCGCAAGAUUUUAUUCCAAAAGACCCCAACGCGGUCACCACGCUACCAAAACCGAACACAGAGGACCUCAGUAGAUUGAUCGUCCCAGUUACAAUCAUGCUGGGAAUUCCAGGAAGCGGCGCGCAGGCGUUGGCUCUGUCGAUUUGCAAGAUUUCGUCCGCUAGUUUCGACUGGGUCACAGUAAAUGUUGAUCUUCGGAACUUGGAACCGGCCAGGCAACAGAAAAUGGAGGCGUCCGGAUAUUUCGAAAUCUCGGAUAAACUAACUCGAGCACUGGGUCAGAUCAAAUCUACCGCCAAAAACUUGCGACUACCUUCUCGAAUUAUGCUGAGUAUUGUUGGAUAUGUAGAUCCGGUCACGGUGGUCUGUGCAGUUCGACGUGCAGCUAUGGAUUCCUCCCUUUCGAGUAAGAUUGGUGCUGCUAUCAACUGUGUGAAUGCCACAAACGUUUACUUACCUGACCCACUAUCCACUCAAGCACCAUACCCCAAAGUUUUCGACCAAAUGACGGCUGGAUUUGUGACCCACACAGUACUCACUAACAGUUCCGAUGUGUCGUCAGCGGUUCUUCAGCGUCUACGCUUCCACAUGAACCACGUGAAUCCAUUCGCCGACGUAAUGGUUCUUUCCCAUGACGUAUUUGAGAUGCCUCUCACUCCUUUACUUGCCGUGGAUCGAUUUGAAAGUGCCUAUUACAAGCAGUACCGUAACGCCCACUUUCGAGACUGGGACUGUACUACGAGCAAUAGUGCUGCUCCAAUGUACACUCGAUACGUGGCUGAAUUGGAGCCUGCUCUUGCUCCUGUGAGCUACAGAUUUGAGAUCGUCCCUGGGAUGGAUCGAUCGAAGUUUUCGUAUUUGAUUGCCAAGAGUUUGACACCGUUUGCAGUUAUGGCAAAGACGAUGGAUCGGGUGUAUCCGAUGGAGAAUAAAAGCACGAAAGGGAUUCGUAUUGCGCAGACUAUCGCUGCCGAAAAAGUGCGUCGGGAUGGCCAGACGUCUGCUGCUACUCCAUACGCAGAAGGUGUUUUCUCAAACGGACAGUCGAGAUCGUGCUGGUGUGUUGAAGGCCAAGUUGCUUUGGGUUGA